CCAUUUUCGGUCUCUACAUUUUGUGCCCCUUUUUCGGUUCUCUCGGGACCUCUUUCUCUCCUUGAAUCCGUCACUGUCAGAUAUCCAAGCAACAACUCUCUCCCAAGCUCUAAGGAUAAAAUAUAGAGUUCUUUAGUCACUAAAAGGCAUUGAUUUAGUAUCUUUGAAAAUCAAAAUAGAUAGCCUUUUGUGAAGUAAUGGACGAGGAUGCAUCAUUGGAGUUCUCUCUCCCACAAGAUAUACUCUCCCCAUUACUCAGUGCUUCGAACUCAUAUUCCUUGGAAGAAGCAUUAGAAAAUCUUAUAGAAGCUUCUAGAACCAAUGUUGGCCGCAAGGACCUUGCUUCCAAGAAGAUAUUGUCGACAGUUCUUCAGCUCAGUCAGUCUCUCCCUUAUCCUUCUGGUUGUGACCUUCUCACUUCAUCUUUAAAGCUCCUCAGAAAUCUGUGUGCUGGUGAAGUUGCUAAUCAGGACGCAUUUAUUGAACAAAAUGGAGCUGAUGUUGUUUCCACAAUUUUGAGGUCUACUGCGAUUAUGUCCAAUCCAGAUUACGUGACUGUGCAAAUGGGGUUGCAGGUAUUGGCAAAUGUAUGUUUGGCUGGAGAAGAACAUCAGUGUGCUGUUUGGAAUUGUUUCUUUCCAGAUGACUUUGUUCUCCUUGCGAGAGUCCGAAGCCAAAAGACUUGUGAUCCAUUGUGUAUGGUUCUCUAUGCUUGUUGCGAUGGAAGCACAAGACUGUUCGAGGAGCUUUGUAGUGACUUUGGAUUGCCUAUUGUGGAAGAAAUUGUACGGACGGCUUCUGCAGUUGGUUUUGGAGAGGAUUGGUUGAAGUUGAUCCUUUCAAGGAUUUGCUUAGAAGAACCCCACUACCCUCGAUUGUUCUCCAAAUUAAGCCUUGUUGGGGAAGAUACUGAAUUUAAAGAUGAUAUUUUCUCUCCAGAACAAGCAUUUCUUUGUAGAAUUGUAUCAGAGAUCUUAAAUGAACGGAUUGAUGAGAUUUUUGUCCCUAAUGAUUUUGCUUUGUUCGUUUUUGAGAUAUUCAAGAGAUCUGUUGGAUUUACUAUUUCUAUUUUGAGAUGCAAGUCUAGUCUUCCAACAGGCUCUGCUAUAACAGAUGUUCUUGGAUACUCACUAACCAUUUUGAGAGAUAUUUGUGCCUCCAAAAGUAUGGGAGGCUCAAAGGAGGAGGAUUCAGUAGAUGCUGUUGAUAUGCUACUAUCCUCUGGACUCGUAGAUAUGCUUUUAUGCUUACUUGGUGAGCUUGAGCCGCCGGGGAUAAUAAGGAAAUCCCUCAAACAGGGUGAGGAGCAAGACAGAGCAAGUUCUUUUCCAUCAAAGCCUUGUCUUUACCAGGGAUUCAGGAGAGACAUUGUUGCCGUCAUUGGCAAUUGUGCAUAUGGGAGGAAACAUAUACAAGAUGGAAUUAGGCAUAAGAAUGGGAUUCCUCUGCUCUUACAACAGUGUGUUACAGAUGAAGAUAAUCCGUUCUUGAGGGAAUGGGGCAUUUGGUGUGUGAGGAAUCUAUUGGAACGGAAUGCAGAAAAUCAACGAGCGGUAGCGGAAUUGGAGCUUCAAGGAUCUGUAGAUGUGCCUGAAUUAACUGGACUUGGUCUCCGAGUGGAGGUGGAUCCAAAAACUCGACGAGCAAAGCUUGUUAAUGUCCCACGAUGAACUUUCAAGCUGCAAAAGAGUUUUUGAUGCCCUUUUUUUUUAUAAGUGGAAGGGUAUGCAAUAGGACCAGGUUCGAGCUUGUUGGCACGCGGAUUUCCUUUAAAUGUUCUCAAAUGGUAUUAGAAGAUCAAGCGUAUAUAUUUUUCUGUUCUAAGUAGCUAUAAAAUCAACUUUUUUGGUGGUUAUGGCUGUUAUCCCAAGAUUCUUUUGAUAACAUAUAAGUUACUGACAUCAUCUCA